CUGUUGGGGGUGAGCAGGUCCUGAGCUCGCAGAGGAGCAAUCCUUCCUGCUUCGGGGAGAAAGAACUCCCUUUAGAGCGGCAGCAGGAUAAAGUUUCUUUGGCUGAGAAGUUUCUUUGGCAGCAGCCAAUCGGCAGACUCUCUGGCUGGGACAAAGUCCUUUUUGCGGAGUCAUUUAACUCUCCUGUCCUUCCCCACCUCCUCUCUGAAUGGUUUAAUGUUACACCCUCUGCGAGGCUUUACCUGUCCAGGUGAACUGCAGUGUGGAAAGUGAACUUCGCUAAUGAAGUCAUAUGUUUCCUUUUAAUGACCACCUUAGCUGAUUCCACAUAACACCCCAAAAUCCUGCCCUAAAAUGAGCAUCAGAGAGGAGAGCGAAGAGCCCGAAGUUGCCGCGGCGAUGGCAGAAGCCUCGGCCCUGCCUCUUUCCCCGUCAGACUAUGAGGUUUUUUCUCCCGGCCUUUGCGCGUCGUGCGGCCACAGCCACCAGCUGGAGGAGAACCACGAGUACCUCUACCAGGACGAGGUGGACGACGACCUCGUCUGUCACAUCUGCCUGCAGCCGCUCAUCAGGCCUUUGGACACGCCCUGCGGACAUACCUACUGCCAGGAGUGUCUCACCAGCUUCCUGCUGGAGAGUGACUUUUGCCCUGUGUGCCGCGCGCCCCUCAUGCUGCAGAGCUGCAGGAAGCCCAGCCUGCUGGUGCACAAGCUGCUGGACAAGCUGACCGUGGCUUGCCCCUUCGCUGACCAUUGCACUGAAACACUGCCUCGUGGUGAACUGGAAGACCACAUCAAGAGCAGGUGUAAAGGGGCAUCUCACUAUGGGCUCUCAGCGGAGAGGAAGCGGCGCUCGCAGGAGGGCGAAUGCACCGACAGCACGUCGGAGCUCACGAUCGCCACGCUGCCCAACGACAGCCCCACGUCCGCGGCCGUGGCCCUCCUGUCGGACGAACCCGGCCUGGUCAACCCCGCCUUCGACCCCAACAUGGAGGACAACAGCCAGUCGGGCAGCACGACGAGCCUGGCUGCUCGCAGCAGCUCCAAGAAGAGUGAGUUCAGAAAUUUCGACCGGUCUUCAGUGAGGAGUCGCUCCUUCAGGAGGUUGAACCGGGCCUUCAGCGUCCUGCGGAGGACCAAGAGCGGCACCGCGGUCAGCAACGAGACGUCUGAGGAGAGGGACAACGUCAGGAAUUCCAGCGUGCCACAGGAAGUGCUGUCCCUUCCCCAGCUGCACCACCUGAUCCCCGAUGGUGAACUUACGAGUAUUAAGAUCACGCGAGUGGAUCCCUCAGAUCCGCUGGCCAUCAGCAUCGUCGGGGGCAACGAGACCCCCAUGGUUCGCAUCCUGAUCCAGGAUAUCUACAGGGAAGGCGUCAUUGCUCGGGAUGGACGCUUGCUGCCUGGCGACAUGAUCCUGAAGGUGAACGGCAUUGACAUUAGCAACGUGCCCCACUGCUUCGCCGUGACAACCCUCAAACAGCCGUGCCAGCUCCUCCGGCUAACCGUGCUGAGAGAACAGCGCCAUCGCUACCGCUCCCAUUCACACGGCCACACACACGGGCACGGCCACGAUGCCGCCGGGGGCCACCAAUCUCACGGCAUGCCCCACCAUCCCAUGAGAGAUGACAGCAUCCACGUGGUCCUGAAUAAAAGCACUCCAGAGGAACAGCUGGGCAUUAAGCUGGUGCGGCGGCCCGAGGAGCACGGAGUCUAUAUCUUCCACCUGCUGGAGGGCGGCCUGGCAGCACGUGACGGACAGUUGUGUAUCGGCGACCGCGUGCUGGCCAUCAACGGGCACGAUCUGCGUUACGGGGCGCCAGAGCACGCUGCUUUGCUUAUCCAGGCGAGCGAGGAGCGCGUCCACUUCAUAGUGUCUCGUCAGAUCUGCCUGCCCACCCCAGACAUCCUGCAAGAAGCUCCGUGGGGCAUGGAUGGGCCCCCACCAUAUUCCCCUGUGGAUAUUGAGCAAACACUGCUGGACUCUUGUCAGAAGCCUGCAUGCUAUGAGAAGACCGUAACCCUAACGAAGGAACCCUAUGACUCCCUGGGUAUGACGGUGGCAGGUGGCAUGUCCAGCCGAGGGUGGGACCUCCCCAUCUACGUCACCAACGUGGACGCUGAUGGAGUGGUGGGACAGGAGGGCUCCAUCCGCAAAGGUGACAUUUUGUUAAACGUGAACGGGGUGGACCUGACGGGGGUGACGCGAGGCGAGGCCGUGGCCAACCUGAAGAACACCUCCUCUCCUGUUGUGCUCAAGGUCUUAGAGAUGCGUCCUCCUGAAGAAAGCCUGCAAGAGUACACAUUGCCACCUUGUCUUACGUCAUCGCCCACAGAUAGCACCAAGAGCCCUGUGCCCAAUGAUGAUUACUCCCCACUGUGGGUGUCAUGGCUGCAGCUACCCAGGCAUCUCUACUGCUGUAAAGACAUCGUCCUGCGGCGGAGCACUUCAGGCAGCCUGGGCUUCAGUAUUGUGGGGGGUCAGGAGGAGGUCAACUGCAAUCAGUCCUUUUUUAUCCGCUCCAUCGUGGAGGGAACACCAGCCUACAACGACGGCAGGAUAAGGUGUGGCGACAUCUUGCUCGAGGUUAACGGAAAGAGUACUUGGGGGAUGACCCACACAGCCUUGGUUCGCCUUCUAAAGGAGCUUCGAGGCAGAAUCACCUUGACCAUCGUCUCCUGGCCGGGCAGUCUGCUGUAGCAGCGCCCCGAGCCGUCCAGCACAGCUUCAGCGGCACUGACCAAGGAAUGUGAAAAGCAGAGCUUUAGACUGGCUGACCACCCUAAGCUUGCUGUGAGGGAGAAGCUUAGAAUAGUGCUGUGGCUGUUUGGAUACCUCACUUCUGAUGGACAGCUAUGGCUUUGCCAGAAGUUUGGAGGGGGCGAAAGACUGGAUUGUUACCAGAGGUUAACAUGCCCCCCAGAGAAUGCUGAACUGGGAGGCUCCACGUUCUGACUAAUGUAUUGGGUGUUAUCGGUUUAGGAGAUGCAGUCAUUCUCUGGAACAGCGUCCAGUGAGAGGGGUGGGAAGAACAAGAGGAGACACAACACGUUGCCAAUUCCAGUAGUUAAAUAUUAGGAUAUGCGUUAAGUUGGACUCACAUUUCUUUACUGUAAAUGUUGGGUGUCUAAAAAAAAAGUACCGAUCAAGCACUUGUAAUAUGUUUAUUUUGUUUGUUUGUCGUAUGGCCUUUAAAUGUAGGCUUUAUUUCGUUUGUACUGACAGUGGUUGUCAUGUUCAUCUGUUGACCUGAGGACACGUUGCCAAGUAGUAGUCUGUGAGGUUUUUUUCAGUUAUUUCAGAAGCUAUGGCUAAAUUAUGAUACCACUGGCAAGGAAAAUAUAUGAAAAAAAUAAAAUAAAAUAAAUAAUGGAUAGAUGUGUUCAUAACAUGUUAAAAAAGAUAAUAUUUAAUUAGGUGACAUUGUGGAGGCCUUACUAAUUUUCUUACUUUUAAGAAAAAAAAACUGACUUGGUUUCUGUGUAUCAGUGGAUGGUCUGAGGUCCAUCUGCUGUGGUUCUGUGUGUCACGCUUCGGCCUGUAUAGUAUAUCUGAUGGUACAUUUGGUUAAAUGAAUCAAUAAAGUCAUUUGAAAAAGA